UUGUGUUUUCAGCUGCAGAGAAAACUAUUAUCAAUCGUGGUUUCUCGGGUAACACAGCAGAAAUACACGUCUAUUCAGAGCUUUUCCCACAUCAAACAUCCCCGAAGAACGCUGAACCGAAUUCCCGAGAAUAAAAGACGCAAUUUUGAAAGAACACAAGCUAUCAGGUUUUCAUCAUCUCUCACUGUCAAUUUUCACAACAGACGGAAGUGGGGACAAGCCUGGAUGGCAUGGGAUUGAAUGGAUAAUAUGUAGGCGAAGCAAAAACGAUUUAAGGCGUUGAAAAAAGAAUAUAAAAGAAAACCAACAUUAGAAACAACACUCAGCCAAUAAUCUGCUUUGGUGUCUUUGCGAAUAGUUUAAAUAGCAACCCAGUAGCCAGGCAGAACUGUCGAGAGAGGGAGCACAGAUUGAGCUUGUGAGUUGUGGGCAGAAUACGAGGAGUUUUCGUGAAACGAAGAGAAGUAAAGGGUCAAGUCGAUCAUGCAGAAUUUGAGUUGUAAUAUCAACCACACUAACAAUAGCUGUCCUGGAAACGCAGGUGCUAUGCCCCCAAAUCAGUCUCAGACGUACGUUAUAACCAGCACGGUGUUGCUCAGUGUCCUUAUCCCUGCGAUUAUCAUUGGAAAUGGUCUGGUUAUUUUGGCAUUUGGAACGACUAGACGAUUACGAACAACGACCAACUACUUCGUCGUAUCUUUAGCAUUUGCAGACAUCAUGGUCGGCCUGCUAUCUCUACCAAUAUUCACAGUCGUUAUCUAUAAAAACACACAAUGGUUUAUAGAUAACCCCGACAUGAAUAAUCUAUGGAAAGCCGUUGACAUGAUCACAUCCAUUGCAAGUAUAACCAACUUGAUGUACAUCAGUAUUGAUCGUUACGUCUGUAUCCAGUAUCCCCUCAGGUAUUACGGAAUGGUGACAAGGAAGAAAGUAAUUGUGAUGAUAAUCGUAAGCUGGAUGUAUGGCGCGCUAAACUUCACCCUGAUACAAGCGACGUAUAGAAGGCGAAUGCCUCGCCUCGAUGUGAACCUGGCUGUAACGAUUCUUGCUUUCAUAAUUCCUCUUCUGGUUAUUCUUGUCAUGUAUGGAAAAGUUGGGAAGAUUGCGUUGAACCAUCGUGUUCGUAUCAUGGCUAUUGAUCAGGAGCAGAGAGCGGCCCAAGGCUAUCAAAAUUCAAGCCCAAACGACCAAGAAUCAAGCCGGGAGAAUGGUCAAGACACAGACAAGGACGGCCGAAGAACAAGUCAUAAAAACAAGCGAAUUAUUUCGUUAUUGGCGGAGCUUAAAGCAACACGAACCCUUGCUGUUGUGGUCGGAGCUUUUGUCUUGUGCUUUAUCGGUUAUUUCGUGAUUUUGCUUCACACUACGAUAUGCCUCAGCUGGAGAAGCUUGAAGUGUAAGCCUGCACGAACCGAGGUGGUCGUGGCCAUGCAAUGGAUCAAAUAUUUUAACAGCUCACUCAAUCCGCUUAUUUACAGCGUGAUGAACGGUGAAAUGAGGAGGGCAAUGAAGAGAUUGGGUAGAACCGCACGAUUAUCACAGACUGAAUCUACGCUUGAAAUGAACUGAAUAUAAACGCAUAUAAACACGCCAUACAAAAGGGAAAAAAUUACGAAAAAGACAUUUAGACCAAAAUUAUUGUACUUACUCGAAUAGACGCCUCCCUCAAAUAAACGCCUCCCUCAAAUAAACGCCCACCAAAAAUUUAAUAAACGCCGCGGGUAAUUACGAUAAUAAAACCAAUAUAACGGGACAUUAGGCAAAGCGAUGAUGUUGUAUACUUAAUAUAACAAAUGUCUCAAAAAUCGUCCUUUCAGUUUGACAUAUAUUAAAAAACUGUAUUAGGUUAAGCAUUUACAAUUAUAUUUCCGAAUUUGGAACACACAUGCUUCUUGAUUGGUGUGAGUUAGAAAGGUGUUUUUUUUAAAAGAGUUUAUUAGAGAGAGUGCUUAGAGAAGGGUUUGUUUACUUUGUUAGUGAGACUAGAUGAGGUGCAUCAAUAUUAGAGGAGGAUUUAGAAAGGGGUGUAUUAGAGAUAGAGAAGGGGUGUGUUGCAUUAAUUAAAAAGGGUUACAUUAGAGAAGGUUUUCAUUAGAGAUUGGGUCUAUUACUGGGGAGUAUACAGAGGGGGGAUUUAAAGAGGACCAAGAAGUAUCUAUUAGAAAAGUCUAGCAAACAAAUAGAGAGUGAGUUUAUGAAGCAAAUGAGUAAGGUGCAUACAACAGUUGAUGAU